AAGGAGUGAGAAAUGUUUGCUGGGGAUCCAUGAUGGCGGCCAGUGUGUGAGGCGCUCCGUUAUGUGUUUGGUGUAAGCUUGAGGCUCAGCGCGGGCGAGCGGCGACCAAGCAUGAAGGGAACGCGCGGGCUACGGCGCCUGGUCCUGUGCACAGUGUCUAUAGACAGAUAGUAAGCUCGACCAUGUCGUGGGGCGGCGGCGGCGGCGGGAGGCUGGUGGGAGUCUUACAAGGCGAGCGAGAUGGCCAUCAACAGCAGGUGGGCGGGGGCGAGAUGGGCGUGCAGGAGGUGAUACAGCGGGCGCUGGAGACCUGCGAGACCCACCACCAGUUCAUCGCCUCGCAGGCAGAGCACCUGGAGAGGCUGAGGUCCCAGUGUGCCACCAGCGCCCAGCUCACACAGCAGGAGAUCCGCACCUUAGAGGGAAAGUUGGUGAAGCUGUUCAGCCUCCAGUUGGUGACGAAGCGACAUUUACCGACAGGUGUCCCACUGCCCCUGGAGCUGCAGCUUUACCCGUCUCUCAAGCAGUGGCUUCAAGUUGUUGGACUUUGUAAGGAUUCAGUCAAUGGUAUGUGCCAACGAGUCUCAACACUUGAAGGAUUGCUUGAAAAGAGAGAAAAUGAAUUACGGAACAUCCUCAGUGACUAUGGAGCAGACCGGAGCGAAGCCCAUAAGCUGGCUCGAGCCAUGCACAAUCUGAAGCGAUAUACAGAGAUCCAGAUGCAAGGCCAGGGUGGAGACUGGGGAAGUUCAGAAUUACCCCUGUACUGGGACUCUUGGGAGCGCUCUUGCCCAUCGUCUCCCCGUCCUAGCCAUCGAACACAACGGGAAUGCCGGUCUUCUGUGUCUUCUUCUGAUGGAGAUGGUGGCAGCAUCACCAGUGGGAGCACAAGUGGAGGGGCCUGGAGUGGAGAUGGGAGUCGGACUAGUGGAAGAGGUGCACCAAUAAGCCAACGUAGCAGUGAUGACUCCUCUACUCCCUCCUCGCCCCCUCCACCUCUCUCCUUCAUUCCUCCAUUAAGUCCUGGUGGUCCCUUCCAUGCACCCUCCAACCUCACCCUUCCAGGCAGUGGCUCUGUCUUUUCUGAGAAACGCUAUACCCCUCCUCCAACGCCUAAUAUAAUUCCCAAGGGCAAAUCUUCAGGUGAUAAGAAGUUUCCAACGACUCCACCACCUGGUAAGAAAUAUCAAACAUGCCUCCUGAACCCCAUGCAACCACUGGGGCGGUCCACCUCUCACGAAUCCCAGCUUGCGCCUCGUACUGAAGGCCCCGAACAGCCGUCAUCCACACUCCUCAGUCAUUUCUUAUUAAGAAGAAAAUUAAAUAAUUUUUGGCUGGGUGGCAGCAUGGAGCAGCUGGGCACACGACGAACACGACUUCACUCUGAAUCUGAAGCUUCGGUAACAGUUGAAAAUGUUGGCAAGAGAACAGAUGGAAGUAGGAGCAGGACUGAUGUUCGGGAACUCAGGACAGCACAGAACUCCCCGGCACCUUCUACUUUGGCCAGUCCAAUUAAAUCUCCUAACUACGCAGAUCCUGCAGAGGAGGAGAAUUAUACGAACAAGAAUACCCUCGGGGUGCCAAAGUCACCACGUACCCCAACUUUACCUGGCUCCAUGGUUCAUAAUGUUCAACAUAGGUUUAUGAAGACCAUCAAAUCGGCAACAUGUGGCUACUGUCAUCACAAGUUUACAAUUCUGAGUGGUUUGAAGUGCAAGGAGUGCAGCUUUAAAUGCCACCGUGAAUGUGAACCAAAGGUUCCACCAUCCUGUGGCUUGCCUCAUGCAUAUCUUCAGAUUUUUACAGAUACUCUGAAGAAGGGUGGUAUGGACGGUGGGCUUCCUCUUCGAGGUACCCCAGGCAUCUCUCAUUCUCAUCUCAACGAUGUAUUCUCCCCUCCAUUACAGAACAGCUCCAAGUCCUACUCCCAGCCGUCCAUUAACAUACCAUCCUUCCAGGGUCCAGACUCUAGUUCUAACACCUCCAGCUGCAACUCCUCCACUCCUUCCAGUCCAGCUCCAAUUAUCACAGCUUCCCCUGCACAUCAUCAAGCAUUCCGCUUUCCAGCCUGCAGGCUGUGGAAUGUUACCCGAGGAUUCCACUUUCCAGAUGUGAAUGAGGAUACUGGAGACAUUCCUUUAGAAAUGCGGCCUCUGACACACAUUACGGCCAGAACUCUUCCCAAGGCUCCACUUUCCGCAUCUUCCACGCAAAGUGAUGUCAUUGACUCUCGGCAGUCUCAUGAUUCUGAUCGCACCGUGUCACAAACUUCAGGGUCCGGUAGUACGGGCACUGAUGAUUCAGAACGCACAAUAGCAGGUCGAGUUGAUUCGCAAGAUUCUACUGUUUCCGACGGAGAAAAUGCAGAUCCUCGGUGUACUCGACAGAAUAGCGUCAGCAGUGUGUCUCAGUCACUUCGAGAAUGGGACAUUCCCUAUGAUGAACUUGAUCGAGGAGAAGUUAUUGGACGAGGUCGAUUUGGUAUUGUAUAUUCGGGAAACUGGCAUGGGCACGUGGCCAUUAAAGAGCUUCGCAUGGACUAUGUGAAUGAUGAAAAAACACUAGAGGCAUUUAAAGCUGAAGUAAGCACUUUUCGCAAGACUCGCCAUGAGAACUUGGUAUUGUUCAUGGGAGCGUGCAUGAAGCCGCCUCGACUGGCAAUAGUAACUAGCCUGUGUAAGGGCAGAACACUUUACACACACAUCCAUGUCCAGAAAGACAAGUUCAAUAUGUCUAAAACCAUCAUGAUUGCUCAACAGAUUUCACAGGGUAUGGGCUACCUUCAUGCCCGAGGAAUAGUUCACAAGGACCUAAAGACAAAAAACAUAUUUCUAGAAAGUGGCAAGGUUGUCAUUACUGACUUUGGGCUGUUUAAUGUUACAAGACUUUGCCAUGACUCAAGGCGUGGCAACUGGCUAAGCAUUCCUCCAGGCUGGUUGUGCUACUUGUCUCCAGAGGUAAUGAGGAACUUAAGAGUAGUUCAGAAGCAAGAUGAUGGCCUCCCAUUCACCACCUACUCUGAUGUCUAUGGCUUCGGGACUGUGUGGUAUGAGUUGCUGUGUGGAGAGUGGCCUCAUAAAGGGUUGCCACCAGAGGCCAUCAUCUGGCAAGUUGGACGAGGCAUGAAGCCUUCAUUAGCCAACCUCCAAGCUUCACGCGAUGUCAAGGACAUUUUAAUGGCUUGUUGGAGUUACCGGCCAGAUGAAAGACCAGAGUUUUCCACCAUGCAAGCCAACUUAAACAAGCUGCCGAAGAAACGACUGCAUCGAUCACCCUCUCACCCUAUCCAUCUCUCACGGUCAGCCGAGAGUGUGUUCUAGGGGUGGUGGUGUUGGAUUAACGAGAACUGUCGCAUUGUUUUGGGAAGUACUUGUACAAUUUAAAUGUUCAUCUAUAUGAGUAAUCUAAGUCAUUCAAACAGCUAGGUCACUUCUUCAUUAAUUACUGUCAUUUAAUAUUUCUUGUAUAUUUGCAUUGGAACAUUGCUUUUAUUUCCUGAUAUUUGUUAACUGGAUGAUUGGUUAUCCAUAAGCAAACGGUGUAAUAUUUUGUCAUUGCCUAUUACACUUCACUUAUUUGAGAACCAUGAAAUGAGCGUCUUUAAAAAAAUUAAAUGAUAAAUAAUUAUUAAUUAUAAUUUUUAGCAAUAAAAUCUUUAUAAAGUUAUAGUUAACUUUAUUUGGGGUCAGCUAAGGGGCAUUGGUACAUCAACAAAUUUAUUCUAAGAUUACCUUUGCUCUUCAAAACGUAAGAAUAUUUAAUGCACAGACCUUAAGUAGAUUGAAGUAAUUUGCAGGUGGUAAAGCUUAAGGUUGUGCAAGCUUACUAGCUUAUAUAGGUGCAGACUCGACUAAUUUACAACUCUGCAGGUCAUUAUAACAUAAAACAACGAGAAUGAUAAUAGCUAGCGAUUCUGCAGAUUGUGCGGGGCACACUGUGGCAGUUUUCUACAUUAUGAAUCUGUGAGAGUUGUGUAGCUUGCGUCUGUGCGGGUUGUAUAGCUGGGUAUUAAGCUUGGAAAUGUAUGGGGUUAUGGCAUAUAUAUAUGGGGCCAGUCGAGCCUGGCUCCAGGCCGGGCUCGGGGAGUAGGAAAAAACUCCAGAAGCCCUCUCCAGGUAUAUGGCUCUGCAGGCUGUUUGGCUUUCACUUCGUUACGUCAUUCUGCUUUAAGUUCCACAGAUUGUACAGCUUGGGAAUUCUGGGAAUUCUUGGGAAUUCUGGGAUUCUGCAGGCUAUAUAGCUUGUAACUCUGCAAGUAAUAAGCUUAUCAGUGCUACAGGACAUACAGCUUACAACUCUGCAGGUUGUACAGCUUAACAGUGCUAUAACACAUGUCGGUACAGCUUACAACUCUGCAGGUUGUACAGCACGGUGUUCUAAAGAGUAUACAGCGUACAUUUUGUGAUGUAUGGAGGGUGGGCCUCCACUGGUUUUUAUCUUCAUUAUUUAAUAUGCUCAAGAAAUGCAUUGGUUAUUGUCAUAAGUAGUUAUUGCAUGUAUGUCACCAUAAGCUCUGGCAAAGAAUAGUACGAGACUCACAUCAUGGAUACGAGCAUUUAUGAUUGUUUUUGACAUUUCACAAGAAAAGUUAAUUGAGCACAAAAUAGACUAAAAAAUUAUGAAGGUUAAAAUCCCAAAUCGGGUAUCUGAUGGUUUUGAGCACGUAAAUUUGUACAAUUUAAACGAGUUUGAAUUUGUUGCUUUUAAAGAUAUUUAAUAUUAGACGCUUCACAUAGAUAUAUUUUGCAUGUAACGGUAAUUUCUAAGCAGUGAGAAGCAGUCAAGGUGAGGCAGAAGAGAAAGACAAUUUACAGAAAAAUGUAUUUUCUAGGCACACUGGUGUUGGUAUGCACUUGAAAAGCUGUCACACACCAUACAUUGAACUUAUUAGAUGUAUUGACUUUGUUCUUGCUUUGUUCAUGCUUGCUUGAUGGGUGGUUAAUAUUCUUGUCAAUAAAGAUUCUAUAUAUAAUUGUGCUAGUGAGAGCAUCGGGAUGUUGUCAUGAAUCUUAAUAAGCUCAUUGUUGAUGUAUUACAAGUUUUGGAGUUUGCAAAUUUAGUGUGUCAUAAUACAUUUUAGAACCUGAGUAACUGUUUUCAAAUUAAAAUUAUUUUAAACUAGUUUAAUAAAAUCCAACAUUUUCUAGUCAGCCAAUGUACACUAGGGAGUUUCCUGCCGUAGAUAAUGAUAUAUUAGUACAUCUUUUGAAAAGCAUUUGUGGACAUGCAGAGCUUCUACGAGGUUAACUAUUUAUGUUGUGAAGUAGAGAGUAGAGCCGAUUCUGAGACGAGCCUCAUGCAAAUGAUCAAGUAAUGUUUUGGAGAAUGUUGUGUUGUUAAUGCACGAGUGCUACACAACUUGUUUCAGAAUUUGUCUGAAUGUGCUUUUGCUGAAACUUAAAAGAAGUUCAUGAUUGCUAGUCAGAUCUUGUAUGUUGACGAAGGAGCUUUCUCCAACUGACAAAGGAUGGACAGCACAGGAAUUUGAGAGGGAAAGCUCAUUAUUUCUUGGAUUAGCCUCUUAUAUUUCUGGGUAAUGGAGAUAUAAACAAAAACAUUGAGAACUACUACAGCUUAAAUGGCUAAUCAUUUUGGAGGAUCUUUGGUUUGUUAGAGCCUAAAUGUGGGCAGCAGUGUGACCAAUCACUUGUUAUAGGGACAGUUCUCCUGUAAGCAUACCGAUAUAAUUGAGGCUGUUGGUGAUGGAUCAAAGUAUACUGUCAAGAGAUGUGAGGUCAUUGGGAGGUCACAAAACUCUUAAUGAUCAAUGUUUUGUCAGUUGUCGGCUCAAUUGGCUUGUUAAUUUUAUGAGCAUAAUUGAGUUGACUAAAAGCUAUGUUCUACAUCCAAACAUCUAUUUAUAUCUCGAUAUAAAGAAAAUUACGUGUCAAUUGUAUUUUAAUAUAAAUGCACAGCACCCUAAUUAAGCAUUCUCCUGAUGCUGUUUCAGUACUUUGUUUUGUUCCAUUUCAUCAUUUGUGUAUGCAAUAUGUUAAACAAGUGAUAGAUUUUGAAUUCAAGUCAUUAUGAUAAGCAUCAAUGAUGAAAUUAGCCUUAAAAGGCUACUGAAACUAUUUAUGCACUCUUCAAAGUCCAGUUUAUGCUGUGUUAUUGUAAUAUUUGUAAUACAGUCUAAUCUUGGUAAUUUCAUCUUGAUUCAUUCCAUAUACAGUAAUUACUUUUUCCAUGCAAAGAUUUAUUUUAGAUCACCCUACAUUAAUUUGUCAUUGGUUGCUGGUGAGCAGCAGUUGGAGUUACCAAGUUUUGUCUGUACUGUACUUGUACGCUCUACUAUCUUAAUGUUUUCAUAUGCAUCAUGUGCUGUUCGAUGAGGACUGCUGAACAGUGUUCUUACAUGAAGGCAGUCAUUGAGAAGCUGUUCUGAGGAUUUCAUCCAAGUAUUAUUACAUUAUAUUUGCAACUCAAUGUUUACUCCUGCAUUGCAAUUGCAUAUACAGGUCACAGGUUAUCCCUUUCUCUAAUCCAUUGUCUCAGCUCUUUAAACACUGCUUCUUGACUUUGCUAACCAUUUUCCUUAUUAUCAUCUUGUAAAUUCAACUGCCGGUUUGUUUAAAUAGAAAAUCUUGCCGAGUCCUUUUCCUUUCAUUGUCGUGUCCACUGUCUUCAUACAACUUACAAUACUUUCUGUAGUCCUGUUGUUUAUCAGAACCAUACUUAUUUUGUAAUGAUCAUGACUUCUCACUACUAUUGUUUACUUUGGCUGUAUUAUCCCUAUUUUUUUACUGCUGUAACUACACUAAUGUAUCUCUUGCCACACAAUAUUUUAUAACUAUAAACCAACUAUUUUUUUGUUUUAAUUCCUAUGGUCAGCAGAAGUUUGCCCCAGCCCCCUUUUCUCCUCCCCUCCGUGGUUCUUUUUGCAUUGCUAAGCCUCUUCAUCUUUCAUUUUCAUCAUUACCAUUGAUGCUCUGUUAGUUAUUGCAAUUCUGUCUCAUCCAAUUCUCAUUAGCCCCUUUGUUUUAUAUUAAAUCUAUAGAAUUUUUAUUUUAUAUAAAACAGAUUUAUCUUUUAAAAGUUUGUUAGAUGCCAGUAAGAUUUGUUUUCUAGUGUAUAUGUUGUGAAUAGAGUAGAUCUUCUUGAUACCUAUCCUAAGAUUACAAUUAGCACACCUGCUAAUUUUUAAAAGCUGAACUGCUGUAUCAUGUAGAUCUCUGCAUAUUUUAGCUCAUGACAAAAUGGUUAGGAAACGGUGUAUCCGAGACCCCUCUAUCGGAGCCUAGUUCAGAACAUUGAUAUUGCCAUUUUACAGUGGGUUUAUGUUCCGAUUGCAUUUAUGGGUUUGUGAUUUUUUUUAUAAAGGAAAUUGGCAUUUUCUAGGGUCCAGAAUAAAUUUUUUUUAUUUUUUUAAUGUAAUUGUGUGUUUCCAUUUUCCUCCCUUGAGUCCUUAACUAAGACACGGGUUCCUCAAUAGGUAGGGUUGUUGGUGUAUCCUUGUUGCUGCUCGGUGUGUAUAUGCCAAGCCGGUUUCCCGUAGUAAGUGUUUAUGUACAUGUGAAGUCUAUGGCUUUUUCUCUAGUGACGAUGGUGCGGGAGAGACUAGGGAACAAAAUUUGUCCGAAUCAGUUUGGAAGUUUUGGAUUCUGGACUGUUCGAGCUUUUUGUCCAGUAACCAGAGACCUGGAAGUAUUGCAUCUGACCACCCAUAACUGUUUGUGUGUAACUUGUCCUACUGUCUAGUGUUUGACUCUUGUUGAGGGCUGUUCAUUCUGGAGUACUUUAAAUGAAACUUGGCAACUUAUGUUUCCCUCUUCCUUCUGGCUUGGUGAAUUCCUCAAAGUGUUCUCCCCCAAAGCAUUUUGAGGGCUGCACUGAUCACAUGCAUCCCAGGAGCAUUGGGACAUUGCAGUAUUCCCCCACUGCAUUACACCACUGUCCUUGGGUCAUCUAGAAUAAUUUUUGCCUAUUGUAGUAUUUUCUAUUGUCUUAAUUCUACAAAACAUCAGCUAUUUUUUUCUUAGUCAAGUACUGUAUAACUAUAUAAAAGAUAUAAUGUAUUUAGAAACGAAUACAUUUGUCAGUACAUUUUGUCUGCAAGUCUUGCCAAGAUCUCAUUUUACUACAUGUAAUUGAUUGAUAUUUACAAAUAUGUAAUCAGAUACUGUAUUCUGGAAAAUUUAGUGUGAUACAGCAGAUAUUACUCUACUUCUCAUUUGUCCUCUUAUCUUGCAAGAUGCUCAAGUGACCUUGGUACAUCCUCCCCCGCCUCUGCGGACACACGAGAGUGAUUGCGUGUGCAGGGGUGGUGUAGCACCCAGUGGGGCUUACCCUGACAGCAUCCCCCCUCUCAGGGUCAGCCACUAAUCUAGGUUUUCAUAUAGUCAAGAGGAAUGUCCAGUGUUCUGCCCUCGACUCUCUUUACCUUUAUGUUCGUCAAUGGUUUGUAAAAUGUGUAUCUAGAAUUUGAAUUCAUUAAUAUUAUGUAUAAUAAUUAAUUUAUUUGUACAUACUGAUGUGUCUACCAAAUAUAGUUUGUAUAUAUUAUGCAUUAAUACAUAAGUCUUUUUAUCAUAA